CAGCUUUCUGCAUCACAGCAUGGCUCAAUACCAGUUACACCAGCAUCACUAAGAGAGAGUUGGGCACAGAUAUUCCUGAGAAGUUGGAGACUGUUUGCACUUAAGACCGAAUCAACCCCAGUGAGAUUCAACUCUGCGUUUCUGCUUCUCACACCAUGGAGGUCCUGCGUUCCUUCAGCUCCGCCUCUUCCUGUCCAGACGUCUACAACUGGACCAGCAGCAGCAGUCUCAUCCUGGAGCAUUACAACUUCACCGGACGCCUCCACCACCGCAAGCCCUCGAAGAGAAGCGUGAGCGCCGUCACCAUCUUGUUCCUGUGCUUCAGCUUCUUCAUCAUCCUGGAGAACCUCAUGGUGCUGCUAGCCGUGCUUUUCCGGGUCCGUCUGCGCAAUCGUUGGAUAUUCAUCUGCAUCGCUAACAUCGCACUGAGCGACUUGCUGACGGGAUGCGCCUACGUGGUCAACAUCUGCAUGUCCGGCGACCGCACCUUCAAGCUAAGCCCAGUUCUGUGGAUAUUCCGCGAAGGAAUUUUAUUUGUAGCCUUAGCGGCGUCCAUUUUCAGCCUGCUGUUGAUCGCAGUGGAGCGCUACGCCACCAUGAUGAAGCCCAUCCACCAGAAAACCGCCACAAAGACUUACCGAAUCUACAUCAUGGUGGUACUCUGCUGGAUAACGGCGCUCGUAAUCGGAUUCCUUCCACUGAUGGGCUGGAACUGCGUUUGCGAUCCGAGAAGUUGCUCCACACUUCUGCCGCUCUACUCCAAGAGCUACAUCUUGUUCGCUCUGGUCAUCUUCUUCAUACUCCUGCUCACAAUCGGCGCUCUCUAUUUCGCCAUCUACUGCCACGUCCGUAGUAGCAAUGAGACCACAUCCAUACGCAGCAGAAAGCGUUCGCUGCGCCUCCUAAAGGCCGUCAUCUCCAUCGUUGGAGUCUUCAUGGUUUGUUGGGGUCCUCUGUUCAUCCUCUUGUUGGUGGACUUCUUCUGCUACUCUCGUAACUGCAGCACACUCUUCAAUCCUGAAUGGGUGAUCGCCAUGGCCGUGCUCAACUCGGCCAUGAACCCGCUCAUUUACUCAUUCGGCAGCCUGGAGCUUCGCAAAGCCAUCGCCAAGCUCCUGUGCUUUUGCUGUCUGAAGACAGGACUGUGCGACUCCAAGACCUUCAUGUCCAAGGAGACUUCCAGCACCUCCGGGAGUCGACAUAGUAGCCUGCGCAACAGCUUUAGCAAGGUGCGAAACCUGAGCACCAGCCCACAGCCUGAACCGAGGAACGGCAAGAAAACACGCCUCAGCUCCACCACUUCUUGUUUAUCCGCGUCGAGCGGUUAAGCCGCGGUGGCCAGGUGUGUUUCUCCUUCGCCACAGGAACUGCACCUCCUCAAACACACCACCGUUGUGGCUUCAGUGCUUUUUCAAUCUUUGAGGGUCAAAAGACAGCAGGUGUGAGUUUCCUUGCACAUGGACGAAUGCAGAAAGGACUGUUAAAGAAAGCAGCUGUGCAACAAAAACAGAAAACUUUAAAAAAAAUACAUAUAUAUAUAUCUUGUAACUUGAAUGCAUUUCUAUACAACAUUUGAGCCGAAUGCAAAGGAAAGCGACCACAACUGUAAAAUACUUCAAAUACAAACUGCCUUUUAUUGUUGUUUAAACGAGAAUGUACAAGUUAUAUGAAUGUUAUAAUUUAAAAAUGAAAAAGUAUAUAUUUUUAUAUUCUACAUGAAAGAGAUUCUUUAGAUUUUAUGCACGCACUUUUGAAACUGUUUAAAAGUUUUCAGGGAAUUGUUUUAAGAGUAUACAAUGUAAAAUAGUUUUAAAGCAAAUAAAAUAAAGCAUUGAUUAAUACUGAUAA